UAGGCAACGAUAUGUUUGAGCAAGUAACCGAAGCAAUUACAAAAAAAAUCACACACACAUAAGUACUCAAACACAACCACUUUCACGCGAACACGCCACGCGCCAAGCAUAGCAAUAACCAUGAAGAUUGCUUCACAUAUCCUUAGUGGAAUUUCAAGUGCGACACAAGCAGAAAAGUGAACGCAGACAAAACAGUAAACGGAGUGAAUUAAAUUGAAGUGCAAGUCAACAGCAGUAGCAGCAGUAAGUGAAAGAGUGCUUAGAAAAAAUCGAAAUCACAACAAAUCAGCAGAGAGAAGAGGGAGGGAGGCGCAUUAAGUGAAUAAGCAUACGCCUAAAAGCCCAUUACGCACAUACGGCACAAUAGAUUAUCUGAACAGACAACUACUAGCAACCGGAAAAAAAUCGGCAGUCGACAGAGUGUUAGGACGAAAAGGCGCAAGGACAUAAAAGUUUAUACUACGCAACAGAACAAUUGCACAAUAGAAGCGAACUGCAGAAAACGAUAAAGCAAAGUAAAGUUUGAAGUGCGCGGGUGUUUUGUUGGUUGGUUGGUUUUUGAGCGUUGAUUUGUGAUCAUCAAAACAACAACGAGCUGCACGCCGAUACAUUGACAGCGGCAAUGGCACAGCAUGCGGUCAGCAGCAGCGGCAAUAAUAGCAAAGCUUGGCACAUCAUUAUAAUCACAUCAGCGGGACGUGUGCACUAAAUAGUUACGCAAGCACUCACGCACGCACACGCACGCAUUAUUUGCACCACAACAACAGGCGCGCGCGCGCGCUAGUCUAUUGUCAUUGCCAUUGUUAUUGCGCUCGUGUUUGUGGUUGUUGAUUUUGCUUGUUUGUUGUUUUUAUUUUGUUGCUGUGCAAAUCUUCGCCAACCAACUGUGAUGUUUUGGUGCUUUUCACAACAAUCCGCCAGAUAAUUCCUCGUUAUUUCUGCGGACAUCAGCUACGUGUCACAACGCGUUGUCCGCUCUCGUUAGUGGGCGCUUACAUAUAUAUUAGCGCGCGCGUGUGUGUGUGCGCGAGACGUUAGAAGCCACAACGUCCGACGUUGGUGCGCCGCGUGUGCGUAAAAUAGCGACGGCAACCGCAACGCAUUAGCGCAACACUCGACUUUCGCCGCAACGCUUCAAACAAUGCUAACCUGUGUGUGUCGUCCCGUCUCGAGUAAUUUGCCAAAAAUGCCACCGAAUAUGCUGCCUGCACCGAAAGCGCCACGCAAUGCCAUUGCCAUCGCUGGCAUGGGCGUGACGCCCACUGUGGUGGUGACAGCGGAGCCCAAGCUAAAUGUGCCUGGCAGGCUGACAUCAGCCGAAUUACGGGCGAUGGCAUUGCGACAACAACAGCAAAUCGACUCACAACACCAGCUGUUGGCCACCAAGGAACAACGUUUGCGUUUCCUCAAAUCGCAAGAGGUACGCAAUGCGGUUGCCAGCGCUGAAGGUGAACGCCUACGACGCUUGCGAGAGCGUGUUGAAGCGCAGGAAUCCAAACUGCGACGCUUGCGUGCGCUCCGAGGUCAAGUGGACUUACAGAAGACUUACAAUGUUACGCUGAGCAACGAUCUGGACUCGAUUCGUGCACUCUUCAGCGAGAAGGAGAAAGAGCUUAGUUUGGCGGUGGCGAAAGUCGAGGCGCUUACUCGACAACUGGAGGAAUUAAGACGCGAACGUCGCUGUCCCAUAAAUCUGCUAACUUCUGGUGGCAACAACGGCAAUGCGCAGCCACUGCCGCCACAAGCAUCAAGAGAACUGGAGAAGCUACGCCGUGAACUGGUGUAUCGUAACCAGUUGUCGCUGCAACAAGAUGCACGCCUGCAUCUACAACGUGAAGCAUUGCAACAGCGACAGGCUGAGCUGCGCUCAGUUGACCAACGUAUUUACGAGCUACAGACACGGCUGCAACGCAAAAAAGCCGCCAACAUACAAAAUAAUGCGCAAAAUCAAAAUCAACUACACUUGCCAACGCACGACAUGCACCAGCAACAACAACAACAACAACAGCAGCAGCAGCAACAACACCAACAAUCUGCAUCACAGCUGCAUCAGUCACACCAACCACCGGCGCAUGCCUACAACCACCAAAACACCAAUGUUGCCUAUAACAACCACAAACAACAAAACAGUCAACACAAACAGGGCGUGGCAGCGCUCAAGCAGCAAUUGUUGCAGAAGCAAGCGAAUAAUCUGCUAACUGCUGCACAACAACAACACAACUCCUCCAAGUUCCCGAAUAGUAUCAAUCGUGAGCCGAGUCGGAGCAUACCACGCGGCAAUGUGGCCGCCGUUGAGCCAUACAUACACACGCCGCAGAAGUCAGCGCCCGGUGGCGGUUACUUGGGCGCAGGCAAUAUACUGAAACACGCAGCCGCCACGGCCAACACCAAUCAGCAAAAUCAGCUGAUACAGGACUUGACACACAUGAAGCUCAACCUGACUGCUGGAACGCACAGUCCACAAGGCGGCGCCGCCGCCAAUGUACAUGCGCUCAACAGCGGCGGCGCGAUUGCCACAAACGCGCAAGCAUUCUUCAGCGGCGAAAGCGACGAAUCAAAACUGGCGAAGAAAAUGCUGACCGCAUCGCUGGCGGCCAAUAAGAGCGCAGAGCAACCUAAGCCGGUGGAAGUGGACACAUCGAUGCAUAUCUACGCUGAAGUGGGCCCAAAGAAGCGUGACCUGCUGAAGGCAGCGGAAGCGGCCAAAGCCGCAGAGGCAGCUGCGCGCGCUGCUGAGGCGGCAGCUGCAAUUGCCUCCACAACUACAACAAGCGCCAUUACUACCGCCACAACUACAAUCGGUAGUAAAAUACCGAAGAGCAUCGGCUCCGCCACCUCGGCCACCGCCAUGAUCAGCAAAUUGAAUAGCGCAGCGGCAUCUGUCAGGGAACGCAACGAACUGGAGCGCAGAUGCGAAGGCGCCGCUAGCGAAGCGCUACCCGAAAAGCACAAUCAACAACAACAGCAACAACUGACUGUACAUAGCAUGCCGCUGGGCGCUGCUAACAAGUCACUCGCUACCGGUGUUGCGCAUGCGAGCGCGUCAGCGACAACAACCACAAGCACUACCAGCGGACCGGAUAGCGUGCAUGCGAAACCGAAGCCGCUGCAAGCACAUGCUUCCGGUGGGCUGGCGAUUCCGCCGCGCAAGCCCAUUAGCAGUGUGGCGCCCACCUCAGUGACCAGCUCGAUACCGAAAAUGAUCACCUACAGUCCGAAGGUGAACCGCGUUGCGCCUCACGUGGUGUCUGCCACAGCGACAGCGACAAUAACUGCAGCGGCGCCGACAGCUAACUCGGCGUAUCCCGACCGACCCGCUCUGCCACCUAAGCCAAGCAAAAUAUCACCCACAGAGCAUGUCAGUGAUCACAGCACGAGCGCCGCUUCAAACUUAACGACUGCAACAACAACAACUUCGUCAACAUCGAUGCUGAAGAAGCCUGCCGUGCAUGCGGCAUCCAUAGCAGCCGCCGCCGCUGCCGCUGCUGAAUUACAACAAGCUACACAAGGUUUGCAAACGCUCAACAUCAACGAUAAUCUACCGAUCAAAGCGAAACCGCUAACAAUCCGCAAGCAGCCUAUGUGCGAGCAACCACGUCUCAAGCUUGGUAAUAGCGUGCCCAAGCCGCCGUUACAAGCUACGCGUAAAGUGGAACCACCAGCUGGAGCAUCUUUUCUCUAUCCUGCGGAUGGCAGUUACAAAGGCGAGCGCAGCAAAGAUGCACAAGAAAUCGGUAAUGGUGGUGGAGCGCCUAGUAGCAGUACAACGAGCAGCAUGAAUAACAAUCGCUCGGCCACAGCUAACAGCGUCACAUCUUCGGACGCCUCUUCACCCGAGCAGCCGCCACAGUAUUCGCCACCACAAGUGCCGUCAGCAGCAGCAAACGCUCCACCGCAACAUUCGCCCAACAGCAAUUCGCAAUCCAGUUCCAGCAUGGAUGAACUGGACAAAAUUGAGCGCAAUAGUGAAGGCGUAAGCGGCAGUGAAACCAUCACCGACACUAGCAGCGGCCCAAAGCGACGCGCCGCUUCUACCGGCAGCGCGCCAACAACUUCUUCACUCUCAUCGGCGGCAACCAGCAAUGGCAAACCAAAGCUGGCGCGCCGUGUAAGCUUCGAUCCGCUGGCUCUGCUGCUCGACGCCAGCUUGGAGGGCGAGUUGGAGUUGGUGAAGAAGACAGCAAUGCAGGUGGCAAAUCCUAGCGCAGCCAAUGAUGAGGGCAUCACUGCGUUGCAUAAUGCCAUUUGUGCGGGUCAUUUUGACAUAGUCAAGUUCCUCGUCGAAUUUGGCUGCGAUGUGAAUGCACAAGAUUCCGAUGGCUGGACGCCACUGCAUUGUGCGGCUAGUUGCAACAAUUUGUCUAUGGUGAAGUUCUUAGUUGAGAAUGGCGCUUGCCUAUUUGCUUCGACGCUGUCCGACCAUGAAACGCCAGCGGAGAAGUGCGAAGAAGACGAGGAGGGCUUCGAUGGUUGCUCCGAAUACUUAUACAGUAUUCAAGAGAAACUUGGUAUACUUCAUAAUGGCGAAGUGUAUGCAGUGUUCUCGUACGAUGCUCAAAACAGCGACGAACUUACAUUCCAAGUCAACGAUCGUUUGGUUAUCCUGCGAAAGGGCGACGACGCCGAAAGUGAAUGGUGGUGGGCAAAGAAUGCGAACGAUGGGGAGGGCUAUGUGCCCAGAAAUCUGCUGGGGCUCUAUCCAAGAGUCCCACCACAGACUUCCAACUUCAACGAUUAGCAGUUAAUACGAUUUUAUGUAUGCAAAAAGAAAUCGGGUCGUCUCAUACAAAAGCACUACAUUUCCAAGUACUUGUAAUGUUCGUUACCUUCUGGACUAAAUACUAUAAUUGCAAAUGGCAAGGCAGGCAAGGUUUUGGAUGUACUCGUAGUUAAUUGGAAAAGGCGUGCAACGAAACUCUUGAAGAGUUAUGAGAAAAUAUAACGCUCGACACUGACAAACGAAGCAUUUUAUUUUUACUUAAAAAUUGUAUUU